UCACAGCAAUCUCCCCACUCAGGGUAGAAGAAGAUUACCACUUUUAGGGGGAAUUGAGGUCAGGUUGGCUCGUCAGUUACCAAGGAAACCAGCUGGGGCACAUCCCUCACAGCCCCUCAGUUAAGAAUCAUCAUGAGGGCAGGUGUUUCCUUUAAUAAAUCAGCAGGUAGAGCAGGGGUGAGAUCAGCCAUUAGCUGGGGCAGGGGGCAAACGUGGUCACGUGAGUAGGGUUCAGGCAAAAUCGGGACUGAUCAAGGGACUUCCCCAGUUGUCCAGUGGCUGAGACUCUGAGCUCCCAACACAGGGGGCCCAGGGUUCAAUUCCUGGUCAGAGAACUAGAUCCCACAAGCCACAACUAAGAGUUCUUAUGCUGCAACGAAGAUGGAAGAUCCCCCAUGCUGCAACUAAGACUGGGGGCAGCCAAAUUUUUUUUUUUUUUUUCUUUUUAAAGAAGGGACAGGUAGAGUAAGAGAAGUACAAAGAGCAAGAGGACAGCCAUCUUGAGUGGCCUGACCAUACACCCACCUUGGGGCUGUGUAGAGACCCAGGAAUGACCCUUGAGGAGGGCCGAGGAUGGAAGAGAAUGGCCCCCCUGGGAGUGUUGCCUGCAGCCUGGGGUGAUGUGGCUGAAGGCUCUGAGUGGACAGACCUGGCUGGCUACUAUAGCAUCCUUGGUGAUGUGUUUCCACACCUCCUGCAAGCCCAGAUGCAACAGCCCAGGGCCCCGAGCUUUCCACCAGGGGCUCAAGGCCAGGCAGGAGAAGCCCUGUUCUGGGGCAGCCAUGCUCAGUGCUGAUUCUGGGCCUGAGCCUGGCUUGGGCUCCUCCCUGUUCUGCCUCAGAAGGAGUAACAGAAGUCGUAACUUGAGCAUCUCCUAAGUGCAGGCCUCUGCUGGAUGUUGGAGAUGCAGAGACAACUGCCCUUAUGAGCUUUUGGUCAACACUGAGGGGAACAUGUGGAUGCUGGAAGAUAAUGGAUUUGCCUUGAGACUCUGGAAAACUUUGUAAGGUGUUCGUCAUCUUUUCAUUGUCUGAUGGAAAGGGUGGCCCUUGCAUACAGAAACACUCCGAGGCCCAGAAGUGGAUCCAUGGUGAAAAGAUCAAAGAUGGGAGGGCCAGGCAAGUGAGGGAACAGGACUGCCAGGGGCCACAUCCCAGCACCCCAACCCCAACCCCCGCCCCCAGCAAACUUCCAGAAAUUGGGCCUCUGCUGCCCUCUAAUGGUGAAGCCCCCUUGUGGCUCGGACGGUAAAGAGCCUGCCUGCAGUGCUGGAGACCUGGGUUCCAUCCCUGGUUGGGAAGAUCCCCUGGAGAACGAAGUGGCAACCCACUCCAGUAAUCCUGCCUGGAAAAUCUCAUGGAUGGAGGAGCCUGGCAGGUACAGUCCAUGGGGUCGCAAAGAAUCGGACACGACUGAGCAACUUCACUUUCACUUUUCACUUUGCCCUCUAAUGGAGGAAAGGAAGCCUCUGGAGCUGGCUGCUGGGGCCCCACCAACCUGGGUCCCCUAAAAAUGGGGGCUGUGAAGGACCUUCCUGCCCCAGACCUUCUGUUUCCCUGGAGUCUUGAACUUGAUUUCCCGCAGCCUCCGAAGCUCCCUGGCUGCCCUGUUCCCAGACCGCCACCCUCCAUCCUACUGUUUCCCCAGUUCCCUUUGUUGCCCAUGUUCUGAUUCUGGUGCCCUGGUUCCUGGCCCUGCUGGAGUUCUGGUUCCGGAAGGCCUUCGCUGGGUGCCUCGGGCAUGUCCUGCAUCUGCCAGCGCCCGGGGCAAAUGGACAUCCGCAGAGGUGUGGUGAGCCUGGCCACAGGCGCCGGGGCCGUCUACCUCCUCUACAAGGCCAUCAAGGCUGGCAUAAAAUGUCAGCCGCCCUUCUGCUCUGCCUCACCCAUCUGCAUCGCCCGUGAGUGUCCCCGCCCUGGGGAGAGGGCUCGGCCCCAGGAGGUACCUAUUCCCCAGGUCUCUGUCUGGGGUGGCUGUCUAGGCCUGGCAAUCGAGCGAGAGCGACACGGGCGGGACUCAGGUGAGCUCCGGAGGCUUCUCAAUUCUUUGGAGUGCAAGCAGGAUGCGUACACCAAGAGCAUGAUCCUACACAGCAUCACGCGCUGUGUGUACUUGCUGGAGUCCGAGGCCUCUACUUGUACUAACGAUGACGUCACGUUGGUGGGCUCCAUGCUGGAUGACAAGGACAACAGUGUCAAAAUCCAAGCCCUGAACACACUUAAAGCUUUCUCUGGCAUCAGAAAAUUCAGGCUCAAAAUCCAGGAACACGCCAUCAAGGUGCUGGAACUGAUCUCCACCAUCUGGGACUCAGAGCUACACAUUGCAGGCCUCAGACUCCUCAACAACUUCCCGCUGCCUGACUUUGUGCAUCCACAGCUGCGACGGGUGAUGCCUGCCUUGGUGGAGAUUCUGCAGUCGGACUAUAUCCUGGCACAGGUGCAAGCCAUACGAUUGCUGAGCACUCUGGCACAGAAGAACGACCUUCUCUAUGAUAUUCUGAACUGCCACGUACACUCCAACUUCCUGAACCUGUUCCAGUCCACACAGCCUGGGAGUCUGCUGUUUGAGGUCCUGGUGUUUGCAGAGCGGCUGAGCGAAGGCCGGAGUUCACCCCACUACCGCGCCGUGAAGUGGCAUUACAACGAACAGUCUUUACACGAAGCUCUCUUUGGGGACGACUCACGACUGGCAGACCGGCUGCUCGCCUUGGUCAUCCACCCCGAGGAGGAUGUUCAGAUCCAGGCCUGCAAAGUCAUAGUCAGCCUGCAAUGCCCCCAGGACGUGGGGAUCCGGCCUUCCUGCCCACCCAGCCAUUCCUGCUUUAAUAACGGGGAAUAAAAUUACGGAGAGCCAAUAAAUGAGUGUGGGAGAGGAGGCUGGGGGGCCAUGUCUGUGCUGGGCCUUCCGGGCUGG